AUGGAUCAACUCGCCUUCAAUUUCAGCCAGUUGAACCUCAAUCAAACCCAUCUUGAAAACCAAGAUGAAGUAUACCCCCAUCAAGAACCAUCUCACCAAGCAGAAGAACCCCUUCCAAUGUACCCCAUCGGCGUUGUCGACGAUACAAAUCUAUCAUCGCCUUUAUCAAGCAAUCCGCCAACCCUUUUCUCCGUUCCUAGUGUCUCGUCAAAUCCCACUGAAGUUUCGCCAUCACCAUCCCCAAAUAGCCUGAACACAUUGCUGAAUGGUCUUCUAACAGAAUCGGCAUACCUGACCCACCCCAACCUCUGCCAAAUCCGCCAAAUCGCCCGAUCAACUGAUGCAGCCGCAGCAUUCGUUGGAAAGUUUCUAUACAACAAUAGACGCUUCCACUACGAGCUUGAAACUGCCUUCCUGGGGCCCUAUCGUGAUGCUCAGCGCGGACGAAAAACCCCGCUGAACAAGCUAGUUCCAAUUACCGGAUGGCCGGAUGAGGAACCAGAUGUCAUCACUGGCGCAAUUCUGGAUGAUUGUCCUGGAUGUUUUGAUUGGAUUUGCAGACGCCUUCCUGGCAUGGACUGCUAUGGAUGCAACGUGUAUGGGUGGACAUAUGCCGCUAUUGCGGUUUAUGCUCGUUCGGUCCAGAUACUCGAGUACAUGUUUGCGUGGGACGAGCCUCUCGGUACGAUGGAUCUGAUUAUGUGUAUGCGGGCAAACGCGUUUCAGAUGACUCCUGUUCCGACGCCUUUGUCAUUCGUGGCCCGGCGAGGUGAUUUGCAGUUUCUGGAAUGUCUGCUUGAGUUAUGGAAGCCUCGCCCUGAGACUAAGAUCCGGAAGGGUCUUUCUUCUGUGGACAAGUAUUUUCUCUGUACGUUUGUUACUGAAGUUGUUGCCGUCCGACUUGCGGAGGUGGGAUUUCCUAUUCACGAUACCGUUCUCUCUGAUCUAGAUCAAUCUCGACCCUCUACCAUAUUUGCGACUGCUUGGCAUGCUGCUGUGUACAAUGGACCUGGCUUUUUGGAUUACCUGGAGAGGUCUUCGAAGAUCUCUAAAAUUACUUCGGACGUGAACGGCGAAUCCCCCCUUCAUUAUGCAAGGCGAGCUAAACGAGUUGAUUCUGUACUCUGGUUGACACAGCAUGGUGGUGUACCUGGGACUCUUCGAUAG